AUGGCCAGAUCUACCGCUUCACAGACGGCGCUCAUUCGUGCCAUGAUCGCUUCCGGCGAGCCACGGUUGGCUGUUCAGACGUUUGCUGCCGAAGUACGAGCUUGGUGGAGUGCCCACAGGCAAGUUAAGCGCCCGCAUGUCUUGCUUCGACGUCAAGCUGCGCUGGUCGCCGGCACCGGAAAACCAAGCUCGCAAGCUCUUCGUGAGGUCACGCGCGCUCUGCAGGAACUCGAAGAGCUCCUCUCUCGCGUUCGUCCCGACCUCUUGUCUCAGCUGUCGGAUCGCGAACAACAGGCCAUACGAGCCAAGCGCGCCGAGUACGCCGACUCCUUGGUCGAACUCAUCCGCCUGGUCCGGGGUGGACGCUUGCCUUUGCCGUUCACACCGAGCGCUCCAGAGAUUGCUUGGAUUCUUUCCGCGUGUUGCCGCUUCGAAGCCACCAUGCUGCUUGGCGACGCUGCUGCUUCUACAUCCACGUUGUCAGACGUGGAUGCAGCACAGAGACGCAAAUUGCAGCAGGCGGCUCAGAUAAUCCGAUACUACUUGUGCGAGUACAUGCAAUCGCUCCCUGACGGUCAGACGCGGUCAGCUGGCAAUCUUCUCAUCGAUGGCGAUCCCGUGAUUCGGCCGGCCCUUGGAGCAGCCGUCUACAACCAGCUUAUUCACUACGCUUUGUCCGUCCUCAAGUCGCCCUCCAUGUGCAAAGAAGUCUUCCAGCAUAUGACCGAGCAACGUCAGCCACCACUCGAGCCAGACGCCGUCACUUUCAACACCAUCUUGCGACAGGCCACCACCCAGCGCUACGAAGCGUUAGCAAGAGCUGUGCUGAUCACAAGGCGUCCAGAGCAGUCGAUGCACGCCAUCGUCCCGGAAUCCAUGACCAAGCAGGAAGUCCACAGUGCUACACACUCAACCCCUCAGAUCACCGCUUCAGGGGCACCAUCAUCCAAAGCGGCGUCAGCCUCGGACGCUCCAUCGGCCGAAGGUGGGCUACGACCCAUCCGACCCAUGAUCCAGCAGAUCGAUACUGCCGUUGUGCAGGCCGACUCCUAUCGCCUCGUCUCGCUACUGCAAUACGUCACCGCAUCUGGCAUGUUCUUACGUCGCUAUCGACAUGAGCCCGGCCACAUCGGCGUCAAGGAACUCGUCAUGCGCAUCUAUCCGGCUCUCAACAAGCAGCGCUACGCACCGUCUCGCGGCACCGACCCGCUCGCUGACGCACCAUCCUUCACGCACCGAAACGCAAGUGCGCCCCUCAGGCCAAAAGCGAACCAGGCAUCCCGGCACGCCAUCCUCAACCCGCAUGUGUUGACGGCAACGCUUAAUCUCGCGGCCAAAGCUGGCAAAACCGGUCUGGCCCUCCGCAUCUGGCGUCUCAUCAAGCGCACCAGUCUGCAGAGCGCCUUGCAGUCACCCACCAUCGAUGUCGCCCCGACACCGUGGAAGAUUCCGGUCCAGGCUGCUACCAUCCUCAUGUCGGUGCUGGCUAGCGAGGCUGCUAGGGCGCCCAAGGCGAAGCGUCCUCAGAGAAUCCAUAGGCAGCGAUUGUCGCUCGGCGCCUCACGCAUUCUAUCGCCAAGUACGUCGAGACUGAGCACGCAUCGACAAUAUGCUCGCGGCUGGAACAUUGUCGCCUCGCUCCGCGGUCGUGCGUUUGCAGGCAGAUUAAACCCGGUUGGACAGGUGUACAGUCGUUCCAGCGAGUUUGGCGAGGGUCUUCGUUAUAAAGCAGCCCAGCUGUUGGCAAAACGCGAAUACCUUUUCCUCGUACAUCACUGGCAGCUGUCACAGAGGCUGGCGGGCUCGCGUCGCCGGCAGUCGGAGCAGUGGAUUCAGCCGAGUACUAGCAAGGCAGCAGUGGCAAGACGUGCAAAAGGUGAAGUGGUCUCAGAUGCGCAAGAUCAAUCGAGCACGGCCAUAUCGCAGCCCGACUCGCGCUUUUACGAUGCAGUUCUCGAUGUGUUUGGUCACCGGCCGGGAAUGAUGCAACGCAGCAGGACACACACUUCGCGCUCCGAGGCGCUGUCCCAGCUUCGCCGCGGCUACAACAAGGCUCUCGACAAAGCAGCAGCUGUAGCUUCCGCGAAGGUGCAAGCUCAGGAUGGAAAGGUCGGGGACAACGACAAGUGUAUUGCUGGGUUGGAAAGCAGCUCGGCACGACUCGAGCGACUUGGCAAUUCGGAUGCGCUCUCAACCAACCAGCUUCUCAAUGCAAUUGUCGCUCGGGUCAACUGGAACUCGCGCGGUCGAUGGACAUCCAUUGCACCCGAUCCGUUCCUCGUACGCAUCCUCAUGGACUUGCAAGCGUUGGGUAUCCACAUUCCUGUCGGCUAUCGAUGGAUUCUGCCGCACUGUUCCAUCGCGGCACCUUCGAGAGCGUCAGAUCACGGGGUUCCGCAGCUGCUGCAGAACGAUGGUUUUGAUGGCCGACAUAGAGGUCAGCAGGGAGCGUUCUCGCCGUUCCGAGGACCGAGAAUCAAGACGGUUGGUCUGGUCGCUAGGCGUCGCAGUUGA